AUCCACACUUCAGACGUUUCGAAUGAUCCUCAAGCCGCAUACCAACAGUUGACUUUCCUGGUUGUGUCUAGUCGAGUCGCCUCCUGAGAUGGGGGCGUCUCUAUUUUACUUCUCCAACAUUUCAGAACUGAAGUUGGUGUCGCCGCCUAACUGGGGCGUGUAGGACAUUACUUCUUCCGUGUUUUUUUUUUGUCCGGCGUUCGGUUACGCCUGACACGGUCCAGGGAGCGAAACGCGGGCGUGUGGUGCUCGGGAAAUGAGCGAUUACCUACGUGCGAUGCCGCGUUAGCAACGUUGAGUCCCAAUUCCUCGUCCCUGUUGGAACGGCGGCCGAGGUCCAGUCGGUGACGAAUGUCGAGCUCGCAGCGCGACGGACACUUCCACGAUAUCGUUGCUGCGCGUCGUGGCCUCUCAGAGACGACUCAGAAGCCACCUCGUUUCCGAAGAACGAUACCGGAUUCCUCCAGAGGAAAUAAAAUCGCAAUCUUGGUGUUGAGAUGAGGAUGUCCGAUGCUGGUCGUGACGGAGGGGCAGGCGGAGAGGAACUUCAGACUGCCUCCCCUCUUCCUUCCUCACCUGACCCGCUUCCUUCUACUGAGCAACAACAGCAGCAGCAACCAGAUGCCCCAGCAGCAGCAGCGGCAGCAGCAGCAGCAGCAGCAGCAGCAGCAGCAGCAGCAGCAGCAGCAGCAGCAGCAGCCGGAGCAGCAGCAACAGCCCUGGCGUCCGAACCUGCGGUUGGCUCGUCGACCGAGCCUAGACCGUCGAAGAGGCCGUCCAAACGCCAGGUGGUGGAUCCGAAGCUUCAGCAGGAGAUGGUGGCGCUGAAGCAGGCGCAUCCCAUCCUCACCAGCGCGCAUAUCGCGCGCGCUUUUGAGUCGACUCAAAAGCAGUCGAAGCGGCCGUCGAAGCGGCAGGUGAUAGAGCCAAAGCUUCAGCAGGAGAUCGCCGCUUUGAAGCAGGCGCACCCCGUCCUCACCAGCGCGCAUAUCGCACGCGCAGUCUCUAAACUAUACGGCGUGCCGAUCAAAGAGUCGCAGGUGGAGAUGAUUAUCCUCCGAUCCACUGUAGACCACCAGUUCGUUAAGAAAAACUGGACCAAGGGGAAGCGUACUCGUUAUAAGAACGCACCGCUGGAGGAGGCGCUGGUGCGGUGGGUGCGGGAGACGAGGGAGAGGGCGGACUCCGACCCUGCGAAUAUAAUCAAAGGGGUUAAAAGGCUAUUUAAGACUAGGGAAAUUCAGGAGUAUGUGAUGAAGUUAGGGCCGUCCUAUGGCAUACCGGCCACCUUUAAGUACAGCGUGGAUUGGAUUAGGAAGGUUCUACAAGAGAACGGCUUGAGUAGGAAAGGAGAGGAGAUUAGUAGGACAGGAGGUGAAGGCUCGGGGAAUGAUGAAGGGUUGGACAGAGGCGGGAGCCCAGGCUCGGAAAAGCCUGAGCCAAAAUGGGGUUACGGUCGGAGCGAGAUUCCCUUUGAGAUCCGGCUUCGGUACGAGAUUGCUGUGGUUAAGCACGCACGGCCGCACUUAGAGAAUAAGGUGAUUGCCGCUGCUAUUAGGGCUAAGUACGGAGUGGAAAUGACCCCGAGGGAGAUUAGGAAGGUAGGGGAGGAGAGUGAUAAGUGGUUCAGGCUGGCUGCUGGGGCCGUGGCUGAUCCGGAGCAAUCCAGAAUGGAGGAGGCUUUAGCGGAGUGGGUGAUUAAAGAGGAGGAGACUGAAAAGAGAGAGGUUACACGGGAGGAGAUUAUAGCGAAGGCGAAGGAGAUCGGGCCGGGGUUUCGACUGAGGAGGGAGUUUAGGUACGGGAAGACGUGGGCGACCGGGUUCAUGAAGAGGUUUGGGCUGCUGCUGCUGUCGGAGACUAGUACCAAGGAUGAUAAUAACGAGGAUGGGGGAGGAGAGUAUUGGGAGGAGGGAGGAGAGGGAGUGGAGGAGGAAGGGAGGCGGGUUAGGAGGGAGGCAAUGGGCAGGGACAUGGGAAGGGCAGGAGUUGAUUUGGGGGGUUGGGGAGGGGAGGGACGGCGAGAAGAGGGAGAUGAGGGGGAGGAGGGGGAUGAGGAGGAUGAGGAGGCGGAGGAAGAGGAGGAGGGCGGGGAUGGUGGUGGUGAGGGAGGGGGAGUGGAUGGUGGCUUGGUCAGAUUUGUGAAUCUGCAGAUGCGAGCGGCUGACCGUGCUGCUAGGCAGGUGCUGCACGAGACAGCAGGGGCAGGAGAAAGCUCAGGUGCAGCAUUAGCGGGUACAGAAACGGGCAGGGAAGGAAGAAAAGGAGGGGCAGGAGGGGAAGGAGUGGGUGGAGGGGAAGGGGAAGCUGGAGGUGGUAUGAGUAGCCCUGAGCCUGAUUACAGGGAUGCAGGGGAAGGGGGCUCUCCGAGGGUAAAUAACCCUUGGUCUGCGGAUAUUCUGACAGAGCUGUUUGACGAAGAGGGGGUGACCCCAACUGGCGAAACUGCCCCAGGGAGUGGGGAGAGGGGCGUAGAGGGGGAAACUGAGGGGGCAGGGGAAGGGGAAAGGAGUGGGUGGGGAGGGAAAGAACUGGACAUUGUGGGGACAGGGGGAGGCAAAAAGAGUGGGGAGAGAGGCGUAGAUGGUGAUGGUGAUGGUGAUGAUGGUGAUGGUGAUGGUGAUGGUGAUGGUGGGCACAGGGGUCUGGCUGUUGAGCGGGAAAACCGAGGGUCAGCCAGAGAGGCAUUCGACACGAUUACACUGGAUGAGCGGGAGGAAACAGAGGGAGGCGAGGUGGAGCCGUCCGUACUGGACGAGGGGGAGGAAGUAGAGGAAGUAGAGGAAGCAGGAGAGGUAGGUCACCCUGAUGAUGCCGAUGCACGCAACAAGGGUGCGUCCUCUACCGUCCCAGCCACUGGUGAACCCCUCCUCCUCACCGCAACCGCGAGCAUCUCAUCUCCCUUCCCUAUCAUCCUCGCCCUUGCCGCUCCUAACCCCCUAGGCCCAGGUAGUUGCACCACGCCCCAAUCCACAAAGGCCCCACUCUCUUCCCAAGCCCCGCAGCCCACAAACGCCCCCCCACCUGCACUCACCCCUCAACCCACAACCGCCCCACAGCCUGCACACACCAAUCACAAUCCACCCACAACUGCCCCAAACCGUUCUGAAACUCCCCACCAGGCCGCAAACACCCCAGACCUUCCGGGAGCUCCCGUCCGGAAAACAAGACUCCCCAUUGGGUGGCAGCUAACAGGAGGCCAGAAGCGGGCCUUCUGCCUCGUCUUCCGGGCCGUGCCAAGCCUGCGCCAAAUCUCCCUCGCCAAAGCUGUUCUGCAGGCUUGGGGGUUGAGCGUGUCCAGGGAUACGGUGCGUAAGCUUGCGAAGCAAUGUGAUUGGUGGAUCCGAAUUCCGAGGGGGAAAGAGGAGGAGAUGCGGAAUAGGAAGAGGACGGCGAGGAGGGGGAAGGGGGUGGGGAAGUGUGCGAAGGUUGAAGAGGCUCUUGGGAGGUGGAUUGAGGAGAUAGGUGCGGAAGAUCUGGUGAGGAGGGGGAGGAUUGAGAAGGGGAUUCUGGUGCUGAAAGGGAAGGAGAGGGGGCACUCUGAGAAUUCUCAGAAAUCUCUCACAAAUGGGCAGGGGAGAGGUGGCUCUUCGUCUGUGUUUCUGACGCUAGAGAUGAUUGUUGACAUGGCUAAGAAGCUAGGACCGUCCCUGGGUGCGCCUCCUGGCUUUAAGUAUGGAGAAACGAAGAAGAAAAAAAAGAAGGGAAACAACUGGGUACGGAAGUUUAUUGAGCGGUAUAAGGCGAGGAAGAGAAAGGAGGAGGAGGAGCGCGGGGAAAUAGGAGCAGGGGAAGAAGGAGGGAGUGAGGAUGGGGACAGCAGCGAUGAUGACUAUAACGAGGAUGAGAGUGGGGCAGAUGAUGAUGUGGUGGGGGGUGGGGGAGGAGGAGGGGAGGAGAUCGGAGGAGGAGGAGGAGGAGGAGGAGGAGGAGGAGGAGGAGGAGGAGGAGGAGGAGGAGGAGGAGGAGGAGGAGGAGGAGGAGGAGGAGGAGGAGGAGGAGGAGGAGGAGGAGGAGGAGGAGGAGGAGGUGGAGUGGGGCGGAAGAGAGGGCGGUGCCAGGAGAGGGGAGGGCAGGAAUGGGAGCAGGAGAGAGGAGGAAGAAGAGGGAGAGCUGGUGCAGGGAGAGGUGGUGCAGGGAGAGCUGGUGCAGCUGGAAUCACCUCUGCUGCACUUCCAGGGAUCACCCAAGCUUUCGGCGAUCCAGGAGAAGAGGGAGAAGAGGGAGAAUCGGACCCGUAUGCAUUGGAGAAGUGGGCGGAUGAUCCCGACGUCUCUAGCCUCAUGCGGAGCUUCUUCGGGGCGGACUGGCUCACCAAGUAUCCCAAGCACAAUCAUAGAGCUGCUGCUGCUGAUCGUGUGGAUUGUGCUGCUGCUGCUGCUGCUGCUAAUCGUGCGGAUCGUGCUGCUGCUGCUGUUGCUGCUGCUGCUGAUAGUGCGGAUUGUGCUGCUGCUGCUGCUGCUGCUCGUGCCAGGAUUGCCAGGUUGUCGGGGAGUGUCUGGGACAGGGACCCCGCCGCUGAUUACUCUACUCCCUUCGCCUUCCCUCACCCCGGCUCCUCUCAAAGCAUGCCUCCUCCAGAUUCAUCCACACACCACCCAGGAGCGUCGGGUGCUGGUGGUUCAUGGGCAGGCGGGCUCACAGGGGGGCUCACAGGGGGACUCACAGGGGGGCUCACAGGGGGGCUCACAGGGGCAGGGGGGCUCACAGGGGGGCUCACAGGGGGGCCCACAGGGGGGCUCACAGGGGGGCUCACAGGGGGGCUCACAGGGGGGCUCACAGGGGGGCUCACAGGGGGGCUCACAGGGGGGCUCACGGGGGGGCUCACAGGGGCAGGGGGGCUCACAGGGGGGCUCACAGGGGGCCUCACCACCGGUACUCGUUCCGCGCACCUCAGCACAUCUUUACCCCAGCACAUACCACUGGGUGGCGGCCGUGGGACGUGGGCGGGAGGGCUCACCGGCCCCCGUGCUGCGUACUUCGAUUCCCCUUCACCGCUGCCCUCAUCUGCUGCAACUACAUUGGCCUCUGCUCUUGCUGGUCACUGCGUCACAAGAAGCCAGGCGGCAGCAGCAGCAGCAGGCAAUGCAUCCCCUGGUCUGAGCUCGCAGCAGCUGAUUCUUCCCCGCCUACCGGUGGGCUUGUCCCCGCAACACACGGGCCGAGCACCGCAACCCCUGCCUCCAGCUUCUGCCGUUGCUGCUCAGACCCAGCCUGCCGCUUCGAUUCCUGCUGCUGCACCUGCUGCUGCUUCGCGUGCUGCUCCUACAGCUGUUGUCCCUGCAGCAGGAGGGAUUGCUGAAACUGCUGCGCUGCUUGCAGCACUUGGGGUUGGUGGUGCUGUUGCUGGUGCUGGUGCUGGUGCCGGAUUUGGUAACGCCGGUUUGCUGGGUUUACUGGCAGGUGUGAAUCCACGGCAAGCCCAAGCACCAGGUAACCCGCUGGUGCAACUGCUUGCACUCUUGGCCGCACAGGGAGCAGGAGGAGGGGGUGCUAGUGGUGGUGGUGGUGUUGCUGCUGGUGCUGGUGCUGGGUUUGGUAAUGCAGGUCUCCUUGGGUUACUACUAGCAGGUGUGAAUUCUGCUCAAGCCCAAGCCCAAGCCCAAGCCCAGGGUAACCAACUGCUUGCACUCCUUGCACUCUUGGCUGCAGCUGGGAGGGGGGCGGGAUCCGCAUUGGGAGGUGCUGGAAGGGAAGUCGGAUCCUUUCUAGGAGGAGCAGGAGCGGCAGGAGGGGCAGGAGUGGCGGGAGUGGCAGGAGGGGUAGGAGCGGCAGGAGGAGGAGGAGGAGGAGGAGGUAUGGGAGGGGGAGGUGAGGGGAUGGUUAGUGAAAGAGAGGGGAGGAUGGAGAGGAGGGCGCCAGAGAGGGAGGGACGGAGCGGGGAGAGCGGAGAGAGCGCGAGAGAGAGGAAGCGAAGAAAGGCGGAGGAAUGGGCUCUGAGGCGAGCGGAGAAGAGACAGGGUGAGAGGGCGGAGAAGUUGUUUGGUAGACGAGGUGCGUCUUUUGAGAACACGUGGAAUGUGCUGGUCGCUGGGAGGGGAGGGGAAAUUGGGGAACAGGAGGGAGAGAGAGUCAGAGAGACAGGUGAGGGAGGGAGGAGUGGGGGAGAGGUGGGCGGCAGAACCCGGCCGGCAGAAGUGAUUCAGCUUUCGGGAUGUGAGAAAGAAGAGGGAGGGAGUGAGAAUGAGAGUGAGCAUGAGAGUGAGAGUGAGAGUAAAGGGGGAUCAGAUGAUGAUGUGGUAGAGGUGAGGACUAGGGGAGAGAGCAAAGGGGGGACGAGGGAUCGAGACGGAGGGAGGAGGGGAGGAAAGAAGCGAGGGAGAGAGGAGAGAAGAAGAGGGUGUGGGAAAGGAGAUAGAAAGCAAGAGAGGAAGGAAGGGCGGAAGGACGGGAGGGAAAGUAGCCGAGCUCGAAUCACCACCCACUCCAGUGCCACCACCGAUAACGAUGGUUCUAGUGAGGAAGAGGACGAGGAGGAGGAGGAGGAGGAGGAGGAGGAGGAGGAGGAGGAGGAGGAGGAGGAGGAGGAGGAGGAGGAGGAGGAGGAGGAGGAGGAGGAGGGAGCAGGUUUGCGAUUCUCUGCAUUGAACAGGGCAGCAGUGGCGGGUUCUUCUUCCCUUGGCAGCAACCCGGGCCAGGCGUUUGCUCUGAUGACGCAGGCCGCCUCGCAGGCUGCAUCUGGGGCGGACUUGCCUCUCUAUGCUGGCUUCAGUACUGCCUCUACUGCUGGGGUACAGACUGUUGCAUGCUUCGGUGCUCCAGGCUUUAAUGCCCCAGGCUUCAAUGCUGCAGGUACCUCCAAUUCGGGUCAAAUUUCUUUGCAGCAGCACCUGCAACAACAACAACAGCCGCAGCCGCAGCCGCAGCAGCAGCGACAGCAGCUUCUGCAGCAGCGGCUACCGCAGCAGCAGCAGCAGCAGCAGCCGAAGCAGAAACAGCCACAGCAGAAGCGACAGCAACAGCAACAGCAACAGCAGAAGCUGCUGCUGGUGGAGCAGCAGCAGCAGCAGCAGCAGCAGCAGCAAGGUGCGUCUGGUUGCAGAGCGUCCCUUCUCCAACAGCUAGAGAAGAUGCACCUGCAGCAGCUGAACCACAUAGCUUAUCUGCAGUACCAGCUGCAGCCGCUGCAGCAUCAGCAGCACUGGCAGCGGGCGCAUCUAGAGCAGCGCUUGCAGGAGGCCCAGCGGUUCGCAGCGCAACAAGUGAGAGAGAUGCAGCAGCUUAGGGUCAAAUCGAGAAGCCGUAACAGCCGCAGCAGCAGCUGAAGCCGGCACAGCAGCAGCUGUAGC